AUGAAUCAGAACAGUAGCCUUACUCCGACAACGUCAGUCGGCGAUGCAACCUCGUCACUGUACCAAAAUUCCAUCGUUCAGGGAAUGUCAACACAAGACUAUCCAUCAGUUCUUCCUUCUUACACUACAAAUGGAAUAACAUAUCCUAGUUAUACAUAUCCCAGCAAUACCUUAAAUCCAUUAGGUUAUGGAUAUCAAUACAACUCCACUCCAGCUCAGAUGAAUAGCUCAUAUGGAGGCUUUAACAUGUCAGCUACUGGCAUUUCGCCCAUCACUCCUCGAUCAACUUCCAAUUCCAACGGAACCCCAAAUAGUUCAUCAACGGCUGUCUCAGCUUCUCCUUCUUCAUCUCGCAGCAAUUCAUAUCCUUCCCAGAAUGGUGAAGUACAUCUUACAACAGCUGAAUACAACAAGUUCCGACGUCACGGAUACGGUAACCAGAAGCCACCUUAUUCGUACAUCAGUCUCAUCACAAUGGCUAUUCAACAUUCUGAUAACAAAAUGCUGACAUUAUCUGAAAUUUAUAACUGGAUUAUGAAUCUCUUCCCAUAUUACGAGACCAACCAACAACGUUGGCAGAACUCUAUCAGACAUUCCUUAUCCUUCAACGACUGCUUUGUCAAAGUGCCAAGAACUCCCGAUAAACCUGGAAAGGGUUCAUUCUGGACAUUACAUUCCAUGUGUGGAAAUAUGUUUGAGAAUGGCUGCUACUUACGUCGUCAGAAGAGGUUCAAGGUUAAGGAACGAGAGCCAAGCAGAAAGAAGAAGAAUCAGAACAACCAAGCUCAACAGCAGCAACAACAACAACAACUAAGCUUAGAUAGUAGUGCUGGAAAGGAUGAUGAUUACGGAAAGAUCAAAAUUGAACCCAAGAUUGAAGAUGUUCCGGUGAAUCAGAAUGAUCUCGAUCAAGCUCAAUCUCAACAGUCAUCUGUCUCUUCAUCACAAAGGGAAAACCAAUCUAAAGAUGACUCCCAAAAUCAGCAGUUACAGCCAAUUUCACUCUCCUCGCCAACAACAUCUUUAUCUCAGGCGACUUCAGUCAUAUCAUCAGUAGGAAUAAGUAAUGCUCCGCUCAAUCCAUACCAAUAUGGAGGAAUGUUGUAUUCACCGGACUUCCAGGCCACCAAUCCUUUACCUGGUUUGACACAAUCAGCCUUCACCAUCAAUACAUUGGUAGACACGAAGGGAUUCGACUAUCAAUCACCUUACCCCAAUGUUUAUCAAUCAGUUACCGAUUAUCCAAGUUAUCCCAACACUCUGUAUAGUGCGAGCAAUCCAAGUACGGCUUCGAACCUGUGA